GCUUUCCGCUGCAGAUUGUUUUGGUCCACUGGCAGGUGGAAAUUUUCUAUCGAGAUUUUCCGGAUUCAUUGGUAAUUUCGUCAUUUCGCAGUUAUUUUGAUUCGUUUAGCAGUUCGCUGCUCCUCGAUUUGGCCGUUUUGAUGUUAACAUUGUUUGGCUAGUGAAGUGAUUCAAGUUUGUUUGGGGUGAUAUCUAGAAGGAUUGUACCGCACACAAGAAUGUCAUCAUUCACGGAAUCUGGAUUGGUCAAGAAACUGCUUGAGCUAAAUCCAAGCCAGCAAAGCAUCCAGACGUUGUCGCUUUGGUUGAUUCACCACCGGAAACACCAUUCGAUCAUUGUUAAAACAUGGUUCAAGGAACUGCAGAAAGCACCAACCUCGAAAAAGCUUACCUUCAUGUACCUGGCGAAUGAUGUUAUUCAGAACAGCAAAAAGAAGGGUCCGGAAUUCGGUAAAGAAUACGAGAACUAUCUGUUGAAAUGCUUCAAACACAUUGCGCAAUCCGGACCGGAAGACAAAACCAUACACAGCUUGAACCGGAUACUGAAUAUCUGGGGCGAACGUGGCGUGUAUGAGGAAGCUAAAAUAAGGGAAUUUUCUGGAGCUCUAAACCAAAGGAAUAAAAGCCCCGGCUCGAUUACACCCGUCGUCGAGGAAAAGAAGCGCAAAUCGGAAGAGACUGUAGAGCCACCGGCCAAAAGUCACAAAAAACCUAAAUCGGGCAGUAACAAGUCGCCGAGCGAUAAGAAGGCCGCCAAAAGCGAGGUGAUCGAGGUUAACGGGAAGGUCGAAACGCACGUAACGUUAAGCCCGCAUCUGCCGGAAGGAGAUCCACCGGAGCCGGAAGAGCUCAUUAAGGUGAUUCAGGAUCUGGAAAAUUCUGCCUCCAGCGAUGCGGUUGUUCGCGAACGGAUUGCUAAUUUGCCUCCGGAAGUUUCGGAACUUUCGGCUCUAGCCAAGCUGGAGGAUAAGGAGGCGGCCAUGCAGCUGGCGAUGAAGGUUAACGAUGCCAUAAAAAUCCUCAACGACUACAACGCCCGACUGGCGUCCGAAAUGGACGACCGCAAGAAGCUGACAACCAUGCUGAAAGAUUUCCAACGGGAGCAGCAGGAACUGCUGGCCCAAGCGGAACAGCGAUUACAGGAAUACCAAGACAAGCUGACCAAAAUCAAGGAAGUGCAGAAGGAGGUACGCAACCACAUGAACAAUCUACCGGAUCUGACGUUCCUACCGGAUGUGACGGGUGGCCUGUUACCGCUCCCAUCGGCAGGGGAUCUGUUCAACAUACAUCACUAGCCACGUAUGCUCAGAAACAGUGGCAGUAACGAUUGAUUUCCUACAAUAUGCAUUUUCACCCGGUGGAACAAACACCUUGGCCCUAGGUAUGGUGGAUUUGAUCGGCACAACUUUUGUUGUUGUUCUUCUACGCGUGUUUGCUCUCCAGGUGGAUCACAUUUUUGUAUGAGCAGAUUUUCUUUUCUUUUUGUAGAAGUUAAAGUAGUGUUUUUUUUAGUUUUGAGGAUAGAUUGUAUAAUAUCAUACACCAGACGGAACCGAGAAGGUAAAUCGCAGUUGAAGCGGUACUCGGAUCGCUUAACGUUGGACUUUGUUAAGUACGAAAGAGUUUUUCGUAAUUGACGACCAUAAAUUUGGAUAGCAAAAUGUGUGGUGUAAGACAUUAAACCGAAUGCUAAAGUUUAAAAGUCUCGCAAACCUAACUAUGCAAUCAAUAAAUAACUGUGUUGAUGAUGAGCACAAUUGAGUGA